AUGACAGAUCAUAUAGUUGCUGGGGCCCAGAAACACUUGACUGGAAUACCUUUGAGUGUGAUUUCCCAAGGGGCAGAAGCAUUGGUGUUCAAAACAAAUGUACACCCGUACCUGACAAGUCCAAGUCUAGCUAAUAAGGAAGCAUUCAUAAUAAAGUAUAGGCCACCCAAACCAUAUAGACAUCCAAAGAUUGAUGCUUCAAUUACGAAAAAUAGAACCAUUGGAGAAGUGAGGUUCAUGUCAAAGCUCCAGAAACUUGGAGUUAAUGCUCCGGCUGUGAUUCUGGCUGACUUGGAUAAUGGGAUUAUCUGGAUGGAAUAUCUAGGCACGGAGCUACCUAAUGGCGAUGUGAGUUCAUUCAAGAAUCAUUUAUGGUACUUAGAAAGAAAUAAAGAGCCUUCGUUUUGCACUGAUGAUGACGUUAAGUUAUUAUGUCAAGAAGUAGGUAAGCUAAUAGGCAAAUUACAUUUGAAUGACAUGAUUCAUGGAGACUUGACCUCGUCUAAUAUUCUAUUGCAGGAUGGCCAGCCUUUACUUAUAGACUUUGGAUUGUCAUCAUACUCUGGAAUGCCUGAAGAUAAAGCAGUUGAUUUGUACGUUUUAGAAAGAGCAAUUGAUAGUACCCAUUCGGUAUAUGCCAAACAAUACAAUGAAUGGAUGUUAGAAGGAUACGAGCAAAUACACAUGGAUAAAGAAUACGGGAAACAGGGGACAAAGAAGUUUGUGGAGGUUAGUAGGAAGUUGGAUGAUGUAAGAUUAAGAGGUAGAAAGAGAAGCAUGUUGGGAUAA